AUGGCUGAACAAGCAGGUCAGAGCUGGCAGGGGAGCAGGGUGUCGAGGACUGGAACACGAUCGAGUCCGGGGCUUCCUCCACAGAGACGCUUUGAUGAAUCGUGGGUAGAGGUUUCGUCGCAGCCUUCUUCAUCUUCGUUGUCGAGUAUCGGCGAUGAGAUCGUCACCACCGGUUUGCGCGUUGGCAACCCGCACGCACGUCGGCGGCGCCCCCAGAACUCAACAAGAUCCCUUCCGCAGCAACAGACAGCCAUCCACAACGUCUACGCCGCCGAUCUGAGCAGUCAGGAAGAGUACGACGAGAGCGAUAGCGAAGAGGACCGUCUGCUUACAAGUUCAACCGAGAACGUGCGGCAGGAUGAUGAUGAUGAGGACAUGGAUUCCGAUGCGGAGUCGGACGGAGAUAACGUCACCGCGCUUGGGCGGGUAUCCGACCAACCCGUCUUCCAACCUCAGCCAAAUGCUUUCUCUCAUCCGCCAACGAACCAAGCCCAAAGACGAGAGUCUGCUCCUGCUAUUCCAACCGUCUCUCCUCCUCAUCCUCACAGCGGUCUUGCCCGGUCGUCGUUUUCCCGGCGCUCCUCCCAGACACGGCCCCACCGUGCGGGUCCCAGCUUCAUGUCCCCUUCGGUUCGGGAGGAGAACGACGCCGCCCUGCGCGCUUCCUUGACGACGCUGCUCUCAUGCGCUCAUGCGGCGAGAGGCUUGCCCAAGUCCAAGGAGGAGGCAGAGGCUCAGCGGGCUGCCAGCACGGGCGUGGGACCCAGCAACCAACCCAUGGAGCUGCGACUCGUGCCGGAGUCGGAGCUGGAGACGGAGCCACCGCGGGCCCAACGACCCACGGCGCCGUCUCCACCACGCAAACGGGCCUCCCCUGCUAGAUCUACUUCCCGCACUUCGGAGAGGGGCAAGCACAGCUCCGGAUCGGCUACGGCCCCACGGGCUACGAAAAAGAAGCGAACGGCGCAGGCGGAAGAGCCAUACAUCUCUCCGACGCUCCUCACCUGGGUUGUCAGCGCUGGUGUCGUGGUCCUUGUAUCCGUGGUUGGAUUUGGUGCUGGCUACGUUAUCGGACGAGAGGUCGGCAAGCAAGAGGCGCUCGCAGCCAGUGUUGGGAGCGUGGGCAGCGUCAACGAGACCACGUCUUGUGGCCAGGAAGUUAUCCGGUCAUCUGGCAACGGCCUCCGCAAGCUUCGCUGGGGGGCCGUGGGAAAGAGCAUCGUUGCUUAG